CAUCACUCGCUCUGUCCAUCCUCGGCAUGGCCGACACCUCGUUGCCGCCGAUAACAACGGCAGGCACAGUUGCACUGCCGCUUUUCAGGGCACCAGCCCCGCCAAGGUCCCCAUCGCUCGCCGUCGCCGCCAUGAAGGAAAUCGUCCUCGUUUUUUUUUUUUCCUUGGUCUGAACACCUCUUUCUUGAACCCGGGCCAUUGGCGAUGACGAAAGCCGCACCAGAGCCGCACCAAAAUCGUAUCAGAGCCCCAUGGUCAAGCACACGUCUCCGUCUAUAUAGCCCAACGCUACCGCCACCAUGAGCCGCCGUCAAUAGACUCGCCAUCCUCGAGGUCGUCUGUGCACCAUGGCCGAGUAUCACCACGACCACCGCAACAGCGCCUUCCGGAUCAAAAGCCAGGAUGAGGACGGCGUCUUUGCCAUCGUCACCUACGACCAGGACGAUGCCGAGUUUGACGACACCGAGAACGCCCUGAGCCAGAUCAGCUCCGUCGUUCCCACCACCGACGACCCCUCGACCCCCUGCUUCACCAUCCGCGCACUGUUUUUGGCCGUCUUCUUCGCCGCAUUGACUUCGGCCGUCAAUGUCGUCCUCAGUUUCCGCACCAACGCCUUUACCGUCCCGGCAUAUGUCUCUGUGAUUGUCUCGUACCCAAUGGGUAUCUUUCUCGCCAAAAUUCUGCCCGACGUUCGCUUCAAGCUCUUUGGUGUCGAGAACUCGCUCAACCCCGGCCCCUUCUCUGUCAAGGAGCACGUCCUGAUCUACAUCAUGUCGAACUCAAACACGCCGUAUGGCAUCGACAAUGUCGUCGGCCAGAUCGCCUCUGUCUAUCUCAACGACACUGCCAUCAAGCUCUGGCAUUCGAUCCUGUGGAUUCUCGCCACCCAGUGUCUCGGCCUUGGACUUGCCGGCAUGGCCCGCGAGUUCCUGGUCAAGCCUGCCGCCAUGUAUUGGCCCGGCAACAUGGGUAUCCUUGCCAUGUUUGCCUCCUUCCACGGGACGGGCGAGCAGUCGGCCAGCUACAGCUCCAAGUACUCCAUGUCCCGCUUCCGCUUCUUCUGGCUCGCCUUCAUUGCCUACAGCGUCUGGGCCGUCGUUCCCACCUUUAUCGCUCCAGCCCUCAGCAGCAUCGCAGUUCUGUGCUUCUUUCGCGCCGGAAAGAAUAGCCUCACCAACAUCUUUGGCUCGGCCACCAAGGGCGUUGGCCUCAUGGCCCUCACUCUCGACUGGUCCCAGUUCAACGGCUACAUCCAGCCCUUGACCACCCCCUUCUGGGCCAACUGCGUCCUGCUCUUUGGCUAUGUCGUCUGGGCAUGGAUCGUUGUCCCUAUCGCCUAUGUCAAAAACCUGUGGGACGCAAAGUCCAUCGGCUGCCCCCAGCCCGGCCCCAACGGCUGCGGGUUUCUGAACGGCAAUGGCCUCUUCAACGGCUCGUCCCUGGGCCAGAGACUCAACGGCCAUAUCCUCCUCGACCCCACCACCUUUGAGCUCGACCCCGCCAAGUAUGCCUCAGCCGCCCCCGUCCAUCUCGGCAUGACCUUUGUGAUCGUGUACGUGACCUCGUUCAUCACCAUCUCCUCGUCCGUCACCCACGUCGCCCUCUGGUACGGCAAGGACAUUGUGCAGCAGGCCCGAGUUGCCAUGAAACAAGUCCGUCACCACUCGGAUUACCCGGAUGUCCACAACAAGCUCAUGGCCGCGUAUCCCGAAGUCAGCAACUGGGUCUACCUCUUGAUCCUGUUGAUCUCGACCGUCUUGAUGUUUAUCGUUGGCCUUGCAACCCCAUACCGUCUCCAGUGGUGGGGAGUCGUUCUGGCCAUCGCCAUGGGUGUCCUCUUUGUCAUUCCUCUCACUACUAUCACCGCCCUCUCGGGCCAGUACAUCGGAUUGAAUGUCCUGACCGAGUUUGUGAUCGGCAUGUUGACCCCGGGCCAACUCGUUCCCGUCAUGUCCUUCAAGUCCCUCGGCUACAACACCAUGAUCCAGGCCCAGACGCUUCUCAACGAUCUCAAGAUCGGCCACUACAUGAAGGUGCCUCCUCGAGCCAUGGUGGCCAGUCAAGUGAUCGGCGCUAUCAUGUCCGCCGUCAUCUGUACCCCCGUCGCGACCGCCUUUACGCUGUCGCCACUCUUUGGCCAAGGCGAGUGGCAGGCAACCGGCCACGGCACCUUUUUUGCGGCGGGCACGAUCUGGGGCGCCAUCGCCCCGGCUCGAUUCUUUGGGCCCGGCGCUCUCUACCACGAUGUUCUGUGGGCUUUCCCGGUCGGAUUUCUGCUGCCGAUCCUCCCCUGGCUCGGCAACAAGAUCUACAAGCACCCGUACUGGCACUUGAUCAACAUCCCCAUCAUGAGCAACUGGGUCGGCCCUCAGAACGGCAACAUGAACUGUGUCCUGGUGACAUUCAUCCUUUCGUUUGUCUUUCAGUUCUACCUCUUCCGCUACAAGAACGAGUGGUGGCGCAAGUACAACUUUGUCCUAUCCGCUGCCCUGGACUCUGGCGCUGGAAUCACCGCUGUAAUGAUUGGUGUCUUGCAGCUCCUUUUUCUGAAGACGAAUGCCAAUGGAAAGGCCGUCGGAGGCUUCAUGAUGCCGAACUGGUUGCUCAACCCUGUUGGUCCAGUGGAUUACUACUGCUUCGAUACGAACUAUCGAGGCGUCUCAGCACCAUGAGAUUUUGGAGCGGUAGGUUCGGGGGUUCUGAUUGUUG